AUGGCCAUCACCAGGCGCGACAACGCAUUUCUCGACUUCUUCUCCUUCGGACAUGCCGACUUUCUGGCUCUUCUCUUGACCACGCCCAUUAGCACUCUACUUCUGUACUGGUCGAUUAACAACACCGUCUUCUCAGGCUCUCUGCUUCGCUUCAUCGACUUAAAUCGCCCAACGGUACAGUUUGCCGUGCAGCUGAUAGCCAAUCUACUGUCGCUCUGCCAAAUCCUGGUGCUGUGCAGGCUCAUCAACUAUGGGAUUCGAAGACAUCUUUCGUCCAACGCGAUGAGGCUGGACUCUCUGAGGGCCUGGAUUGACGCUAUGCAGCCGAGAGUGAAUUUUGGCCUGCCCAUCCGCUUUCUGCUACCCUUGUCCGCCUUUGUUGCAUUGACGAUGAUUUUGUCGGCGCUCUGGGCCGCUGCGCUGACGCCCGUCCAACUGUGGGAAGACGUCGAUCAAACCAUCGUUGUUCCCAAUUGGGACGAUGAUGCUCUCAUAAAAGAGUAUCCUUCCGAGGUUGGCAAAGAGGGAGCCACGGUGCAGAAUCUCAAAGGCCGGUUUUCAUAUUCUGUCGGCAAUCAGUUGCUUGGAAGUCUCCUCGCCAGCGCAUCCUCUGCGACCACCAUCGAUGGCUCGCCCAGAAUUCACGAAAAGCUGGACAAGUCCAAGUUCGCAUACAUCGGUCGCUCUUACGGCAUUGGUUCAUCGAUAGGGCUGGUGGACGAGGAAAUUUUGGGUAACAAUCGGGCGCUCGGAUACGCAUUUCAAGAGGCAGGAUACAAGGCCGAUGUAAACUGCAUCUAUAAUGCCUCAAGCGCGUUUUCUUUAUCAUCAACGGUCGAUGACUUGGUCUAUGCUGCGAGCGGGCCUUUGCCCGACAGCGACAACGGCCCCGAAUACUCGGACUACAUCGGCCACAAUAUGGAUCGUAUAGUUUCCAUCGGCGUCGCUCAUUUCGCCAACGAAUCAGCGAACGUAUACCCGCUUCGAAGAUAUCUGGCGUUCGCGACGGGGUCAAACUACGAUUUCUUGAACACAAUCCAGUGUGAGAUUGACUUUAUCCCAACGCUGUUCAACAUCACGGUGGAUCUCCAGGGCCAGAACAUCACUGUCAACGCUACAAUUGGUACCAAAAUCCAAGACAUCAAUCCAAGCAGGCGCCUAAAAAGCACCGUGAUGCGCCAAUUCGAACUCAUUGCCAACGACGAGACGAAUCUCUACAUCUCAACAGUUGGAAGCGCGUUUAAUGCUUCUAUUACCGAUUUCCGAACCCAUGUCCACUUCUCGAGUAAAGCCAGCCAUUGGUCAGACACCGAUAUUGUCCUCGUCGCCGUUGAAAACUCCAUUACUGCGAUGACGGAUGACAUGUUGGGCGCGUAUGCAUCGGCGCAGCUCAUGGUCGGCAACCUGACACAACGCAUAAACGCUACUGUGCGAGUAACUGCUAUAGCAUUUGGCGGGAUCAAAUACAACAUUGCGGUAUUCGCGGCCAAUAUUGCCGUCAUCUUGCUGCUUUUGAUCGAGGUUAUUAGGACUAGAGGAUGGAAAGGCCUUCCCGAUUUUGAUGUCUCAGAUCAUGGGAUACUCCGUAGUUUUCACCAAAGACAUAUCCGAACUGGCAUGCUAAGCUACUACGUCUCGUGGCAGCCAUCCAUGUUUUGUAACCUCAAUGACUCUGGCCCCUUCAUUCAAAAGAAGCUGUAUAGUAAGGGCGUCGACAGUGCCCAUCCUACGGGAAGCACACGAACUGCCAGAGCUUCUAAAGCCACCUCUACUGUUACUGCUGCGACUUCCACCGUUCCCGCUUUCUUUAUUGUUUCCACCUUUUCCGCCGCCGCCGCCCUUGCUCUUGAACAGAUUGCGCUCAUUGGAUUGAGACGUGCCCUCUAUCGUGGCCACUUGCCGAGGGCCGCCACUAACAGUACUGGCGGUGAAAGUAGGUAACAGAGUAGCUUGCAAGAGAGUAAGGUCAAAUCUCAUGGUGCAAGGCGAUAGCGAUGUCAAAUGGAGAUUCAGAACGAAGCUACCAUGAUUGGUAGCCGAUCACCGAAAUAAUCGAGUCUAUCUCUCCCCUCCCAAUCACCUGGCAUUAAAAUUUGCAGUGCAGUUCAUGCUAAUGUACGUUGUACUCUACCCACGCUCUAGUGCUAUGUAGGCUCACUGUGAGACUUGGACAACUUGCGUACAGCAUGAUAACCUUGGGAGCUUUGAAGGCAUAAAUUAGCGCAGAGUACCUACAUCUACUCAGUCAGACUCGACUGAAGAUUUUAUUUACUGUUCCAUCUGCUGGUCUUUUUGCGCUGAAAACGGCCUUGCCCGUUGCUCUUAAUAAAGGCCACCAAGGCUACGGGUUAGAAAGACCUACCUUGGGCUGAUUUAGCUUUCUUCUAGCCUUGGUUUGAGAAGAUAGGUAUGUGGUUAUGAUACGCUGUAGAUGUCGUAUCGCUUUUUGGGAGUUUGCACCAAAAUCAGAACCUCAUAAAGCUCUGUCAGUCUUGUGCCUUCUAUCGUCAAAUGAAGCCUAUCUUUUCUUGUAUGGAUCUUUUCUUGUAGGGAUCGAGCAGUGGAGUAUACUAGAAAGUAAGCAAGACGCAAGACCGAAUCGAAAUAGAAAGACGGGGAGGACGUAAGCACGAGGAGCCAACAAAGUACGCCUGUCACGAUUGAAAAGAAGCUGUCGUGCGCGGUAGAUGGAUGGUGGUGAUAAAGAUUGCAAGGGGCUAGAGCUACUCGACUUUCAAUCUGGCGAUGCGCUAUUAAUAGCUACCGGGGCUUCUAGCGCCAAGCUGCACUGGGAUAUAGCGCCAGAUCCGUCUCUCGGGUGAUUCCACCCGCUAAAAUGGUCGAUACACGAAAUCAGAAUGAUAGAAGCUCUCAGUAGCGACCGACUCGAUCGAUAGGAGAAAUAAGGAGAGGACAAAAGACGACUGUCAGUCAGUAUGAGAAAGCAAUAAACUAAAAGAGAAAUAG